AUGUCUGGUACUGUUACGGGCGGCACCGUCGCUCCCUUAGCAGCCGUUCCCAAAGAAAAUGGCUCGAAGAGCAAGAGGAGACGCUAUUUCGCCAACGGAAGGAGUCGGACGAUCGAACUGUCGACGUUGGCGGAGAUUGAUGAGGAAGAGUUUGCCAAAGCUGGUGAGUCCGAUUGAAAUGCAAUGAUUCUGUGAACUGACACUUUUCAGAAGGCGCUUCUUCGCAACCGGAAGGUGCUGAAAGAGUGCUGAAAACGCAAGAUGAUAUGUGCAUUGGCACCACGGGCGGUACUUACAAGUCCCUGAAAAGAGGGUCCGUGAAGGCACAGGCGCUGAAACUGAGCGAGAGACUUGCACAAAAAGGUUUGUUCCGUCUCCCAUGACACCAACGAAACAAGAACGUUUCAGUGGCUUCUGAAAAUGCAGCAAAAGAAAGAGAAGAGAAAAGUGAGAUGGAGAAGCAGAGCUGCUCGAAACCGGUCGUUGUGGAUGUGAAACUGAGGCGGAAUCUGACAGAAGUGCGGAGAAAUUUUGAGGUAUGCAUCAUCAUUGCCCGAAGUAGCGUGGCAAACUGCAAGACCACCAAGUGUUUAUGGGCCGCCCAUCCCCUCUAAUAGUACAUAAGUGGAUGUGAUAAAAGGCAAUGAGGUGUGCAUUCGGGUUCAGUGUUGUUUGCUUCGUCCUUCCUCACGCCACUGUCUCCCUCCGCCGAUGACAGUUCCCAUUGUUGGUCUAAGCUCCCGCUCUUCUUCAGUCCUCCCUAUUGAUUGUCGUUUUUGCCGCUGAUAUGGCAUCCACUUAUUCGUAUGCUGAAUUCAACAAAAUAUUCAACGAAACUGUUCCUAAACCCGAGAAUUUACCAGUUGUGGUAAGGGGCUGCCUAUCUUCCGACUAAUUUUUUCCUCAAAGACAGUUUUGUUGAGUUUAUAGACCACAACCGACUUCACAACUCCUCAGGAUUGGCCACAACAACAGCAUGAGUACCAACAGAACAUUCAUAUGCAAAGGUAAUCAUUUCAGGAAGUUAAUCUUACUUGUGAGUUGGUUGCAGACAUCCCAUUUCUCGAUCCGCAUCGUUUGUCACCCCUGCGCCCAUGAUCGUCUACGGAAUGCCUCCACAGCCCGGAGAGCGCAUGUCAAUGAUCGACAGUCGGUGUGACAGUAGGAUCGGAGAGUACGCGAUGCCCCUCUACUACAUGCCUGCUCCGCCACCUCCACAGCCCGUUUUUCUUCCGUACGCUGCUUCCAAGAUGGGAAUGAGUCACUUCGAUCAGCCGAGUAUGGUGAUGAUUCCUGGCCAUCCGGCCCUUCAGUAUCCGGAAAUGCGACGGAAAAUGAAAUCGUCGGGCAGUGACCAUCGCCGAAAGAGUUGGUGUUCGAGGAUUUGCUGUGCUGGAUUUGCUCAGUUGCUCUGGACCAUCGUGUGCAUAAUCUCAUUCGGAAUCAUUGCUUCAUUAAUUCUGGCUUUGUGUUACAUGUAG